CCUAUUUCCGGCGCCCACCUGCCCCGGGUCUGGGCUGAUUGGCGGAUGUCUCAGGACAACGACUCGGACCUGGAGAAGGUGAAGGCGCGGGUCAAGACCUCACACAACAUCACCGACCUGGCCCACAAGCUCGAUUUCUAUGACCAGUGGGCAGCCACCUAUGACCAGGACGUGACCACUCUGCAGUACCGGGCCCCAACCCUGGCUGUGGAGUGCCUCAUUGAAGCUCUGAAAGUCCCGCCCUCUGAAGCCCUCAUCCUGGACGUGGCCUGUGGCACUGGCCUGGUGGGUGCCCAGCUGAAGGCCCGCGGGUACGUGCAUCUGGACGGGAUAGAUGGGAGUCCUGGGAUGCUGGCCCAGGCCCGGGCCCACUGUGUCUACCAGAACCUCCAGCUCUGCAUGGUGGGCCAGGAAUCGCUGCCCAGUCCCGAAGGAACCUACGACGCAGUGCUGAUAGUCGGGGCACUCAGUGAAGGGCAGGUGCCCUACAGCGCCAUCCCCGAGCUACUGCACGUCACCAAGCCAGGGGGGCUGCUGUGUCUCACCACAAGGACCAACCCGUCCAACCUCUCGUACAAGAUCUCCAUGGAGGCCAUGCUGGACAUGUUGGAACAGGCCGGGGCCUGGGAGCGCCUGGUGUCCAUGCCCGUGGACCAGUGGGAGCUGGCCACAUCGGAGAGUGAGGCAGUUUCGGGCCCCUCAGGCUCUCCGGACAACCCCAGCUUCAUCUCAGGCAUCAUAUACCUGUACCGCCGGAGCCAGCAGCCCAUCCAGGCUCAGUUCCAGAGACCUUGGCCCCAGCCCCGGCCACCGCAAGACUGAUGCCAGGCCUGGCCUCUGCUCUGCC